AUGCAUUUCUCACCGUUCAAUGAUGUCUUGGACAUGAUAUUGGCCAAGUACUUUCACAUUUCUGCCGAUGCAUUCAAGUUUCACGAAGGAUUGCCAUUUGGAACACUACCCAGCAUCGUCGCUGCAAGUCUGGGAUACGUGAUUGUGAUGAUGGGAGGCCAAGAGAUCAUGAGAGGAUACCAGUCAUUUAAUCUCAAGUACUUGAUCUUUCUACACAAUGCAAUCAUGUCUAUUGCAUCUGGGCUUCUCUUCAUGUUGAUUUUGGAACCACUGGUUCCAAUGUGGCAAGAGCACGGGUUGAACUUUACGCUAUGUCACUACGAUGCAUACACUCCUCGUUUGGAGCUUUUCUACUACUUGAACUACCUCUUCAAGCUUUGGGAGUUUAUAGACACAGGCUUCAUGGUGCUGCGAAAGCGCCCAUUAGAAUUUCUGCAUGUGUAUCAUCACAGUGCUACCGCAGCAUUUACCUACAUGUUCCUCGUGAAACCCCACCCUAUAACUUGGUUCGCCAUUCUAAUGAACUUGACUGUCCACGUUUUGAUGUACUACUACUAUGCGGUAUCUACUGUCUCGAAACGAAAAAUCUGGUGGAAGAAGCAUCUGACCACGAUGCAAAUAUCGCAAUUUGUCUUGGAUCUUUUAAUGCUCGCAUACGUCGCAUACAACGUCUACACAAACGAAUACUUUCCAUGGUUGAAGACGGACUAUGGAUUUAAAACAUUAGAAUACUGCACAUCGGUCGAUCCGCACACACACCUCACAGUCUGUGCCGUCAUUUUUGGGUCUUACUUGAUCCUCUUUUUGGACUUUUACGUGAGGUCCUACAAUCGAGCUGCGGCUGCUAAACAGGUUGCUGCUGGAGCCGCCAGGACGAACGGAAAAGCUAAUCACGUCAAUGGCCAUACUAAUGGUCAUACCAGUGGCAAUGGCUCCUCCUUCUUGAAGGAAGAGUAG